UUGAAAUUGUUAAGGUCCGAGUGGGUUCUGUCCCGCUCUCGAGCCUAAUUCAGGACUGUUAUAACCUCCAAAUAUUUCGCGUUGUCGCGUCGUUGCGUGUUGUUUUUUUGUUGUUGUUGUGGUUGUUGUGUUGGAUCGAGGUAAUAAUCGUAUCGCUAAUUUAUUAGUGAAGCCGGUGCGGGGUGCGUUCGAGAACGCAUUCUGCGGCCAAACGCUGUCAAGAUUCGCGUCAAAAACAGAGACCCCGUGCAAGUGUAUCCAAUGGAAAUGGAUCCCCAGGAACGCGAGACCGAUUUGGGGGACGAGAGCCCCGUGUCUCACAAUGAGGAAGACAUGAGCGACGGGGAGGGCCAUUCCGGGGGUGAACACGACGAUGCUGAUAGUUGCGAUGAAAUGCGACGUCAUGGGAUUCUAACCGAUCACAACGAUGUCCUUACGAAGCUUAAAAUGCAAGUACGGGAUAUUAACAUGAGGGACGAAUUCGACAGCCAAAGAAACCUCAGUUUCCCGAUAAAUAGUCGCGGCCAAGACGGUUUUCAAUUGCCGGUACCGUUUCCGUUUCCUCACCCCGCGGCCGCCUUUUUACCGCCCAUGGCCCCCCAACCUCAGGCUCCGUCGUCUGGCAGCUCCCAUUCGUCUGAGGGCAGCGCAUCUUCGCAGCACACCUGGUCGUUCGAAGAGCAAUUCAAACAGGUGCGUCAGUUAUACGAAAUCAACGACGACCCAAAACGUAAGGAAUUCCUGGACGAUCUCUUCUCGUUUAUGCAAAAACGUGGUACCCCAAUCAACAGACUGCCCAUCAUGGCCAAAUCGGUCUUAGACUUAUACGAAUUAUAUAACUUAGUCAUAGCUAGAGGCGGAUUAGUGGAUGUGAUAAACAAGAAACUCUGGCAAGAAAUAAUCAAAGGACUGCACUUACCGUCAUCGAUCACUUCUGCUGCUUUUACGUUAAGGACACAAUACAUGAAAUACCUUUAUCCGUAUGAAUGCGACAAGCGACACCUCAGUACGCCAUCGGAACUACAGGCGGCGAUAGACGGCAAUAGGCGAGAGGGUAGAAGAAGUAGUUACGGACAAUACGAUUCGAUGUCUAGCUUUCUGUUAAGGUCGCCUAACCCCACGCACCAGUUGAACCCGUUAUCGCUGGUAUCUGCUGCGCAGCAACAGCAGAUCGCUGCGCGGAUGAAUUCCGUGAUGAGCGGAAGCAUGAACCUCCAUAACGGGGCUCAUCAUCCCAGUCAUCCGCAGCCGAUGGGCCAGCCACUGGUGAACGGAGGACCGCUGCCCAAUUUGGCACCUAGCGAAUUCGAGGCAAGAAUGAUGGAGUAUAUGAAGUUGCUGAAUAAAGAGAUGAGAUCGUCGGCAGGCACGCCCCCGAGACCGGGAGAGAUCUCUCCUCCAAACGCAACGUCCCCCCUCAAUCAAUUCGAAAUGUCGCGGAUGACACUUUUCAAUCUCUACAAUAACAACCAGCCCCAAAUAGAACCGCAAAAAGAGCCCAUCAACCUCUCGGACACCUCGCCGGCCAUUAAACGCGAACCCGAUUGCAUGGAUUCCCCACCGCCUUCGAAGAGGAUAACCAAGGAGCAGGACGACAACCCGAAACCCUUGUCGCCAGCAUCACCCCUCUUGACGCCCAGCACGCAUAUCAAAAUUAAUAGUAGGGGUGAUUCUCGAAGUGGCGACAACUCCCUAGUGGUUAGCAUGGAGCUGAACGGCGUGACGUACCAGGGCGUGUUGUUCGCACAAAACUCGCAAACCAAUACGAGAACAGCAUCAGCUUCCUAAAAACCGAUCGGCCGCGGCUAGUGUGUUCAAAAACAGUGUUUUUAAGUAUAGUUUUGUAUUUAUUUUGAUAUUUUUGUUUCGUGUUUUUUUUUUCGGUAGACGUGUACAGUGAGAGAUAAACGGAAGCGCGUGGCGACAGAAUGUGUGUUUUUGUUUUAAGAAAAAAAAUUGCGGCUGUAUAGGGAAAUCGUUUUUUCAUUGUUUUAGAGUUGGUACCAACAUUCUUUUGACAAAUUCGAAGAUUUUUGAUACCCAGUACAAAAUUUAAGUUUAAGUCUAAAACGAGUAUUAUUGAGGCUAAAGAUGAAUGCGUCAGUGUUUACCUUAAUGUAAAGAAUAAAAUGGCCAGUUUUUAAGGCGUGUAUGUACAUAGAGUUUUUAUAUUAGAUCUUAUUUCAGUGUAUCUUUCGCUAGGGGAUUUUUUUUUUCUAUUUGCCAGUUUUGAAAAACAACAGACAACAAAACGUACACGGAUCACAUAAUCUGGUUUAAAAUCUCUUUUGAAAUGUUCAUCCCUAUGUUUGAAAGAUGCGCUGUAAAUUUAAAUGCAAUUAAUAAAAGCAACCGUUAAUGAAUGUGAUUUAGUUAUUAGAACUAAAUUAUUAUGCAGGCAUAUUUA